AUGGAACUUCCGCUGGAAGAAGGCUUUGAGUUUAACAAUACUGUCACUGUCGGUAGACUCAGUACCCGUAAUAACACUGUUUUCCAACAUAAAAAGCAAAAACUAAGUAUGCCGGAUUCAGAAUCCUUUCUAAACACAGAAGUAGACGAAAUUCAGAUUCCAAGGCAUAUUGCUAAGUCAAAUGACAAGAUCCUAUCAAAUGACGCCGCAAAAGCACGGGAUGAAUGCAAUUGGGGCAGUUAUGCUAGAGGAGCACUAUAUGCGCUACAAAGUAGUGGACACCGUCUAACAAAGGGUAUCAUUGGGUCAAUCUGUGGUUCUGAGGGUCUUGACAGUUCAGGUCUUAGCUCUUCUGCUGCUGUUGGAGUUGCUUACCUGUUGGCUCUUGAAAGUGCAAAUAAUCUUACUGUAUCUCCAACAAAAAAUAUUGAGUAUGAUCGGUGA